AAAAAAUUCAGUGAACAAAUUUAAUUUCAGUGAAAAAAACCUUUUGAAAAAUCGUGAAAAAAUAAAUUUCAAAUUCACCAAAUAUGAUCCAGAGACCCUCAUCAAGAAAUCAUUUAAAAUAAAUCGAAAAAAAUAGUGAAAAAUUAAUUUCGAGGAUUUAAAAAGAAAACCAAAAAAGUGAAAAAUGAUGGAAUUAAUUCGACAAUUUAACGACUGUAGGAUUGGUGGAUGUGUUUAAUAUGAUUAAAUGAGUGUGGUUAAUUAGUGAACCAUUUGAAUAAGGGAUUACACACCUAACAUAAAUGAUUUAUUUUGACAGCAUUUAAAUUACAAUUUAUCAGAUUUUCAUCUGAAAGUGAACUUAUAAAAGUGAUUUUUUUGACUGAAUUUUGUGAAUUAAAAAUUAUCGAAAUUUCCGAAAUUUCUGAGAAUUUUUCUUGAAAAUUCUCGAAGAAAACAGAAAAAAUGUGCAACACAAAAAGCUUAAAUCCUUUAGUGAAUCUUAGAAUAAUGAAGUCAAUAUUUCUUAUACUUAUAUUAACUGUCAAUUCCGCUCUCACAUGCAGUCCCAUCCGUGGAAUGGGAUCGAGAAGAAGUCGAAAAUUGACACCGUUAGUAUUCAAGCAACAUGUACCAAAUGUUUUAGAGAAUACGCUCGGUGCGUCGGGACUGCAUGAGGGAAAAAUAUCGCGAGAAGAUCCACGCUUCAAGGAUCUGAUACCGAAUUAUAAUAAGGAUAUUAUUUUCAAAGACGAGGAAGGCACUGGAGCUGAUCGAUUGAUGACUUUGCGUCUCAAAGAGAAACUCAACAUUUUAGCAAUAUCAGUAAUGAAUCAGUGGCCAAGUGUCAAACUUAGAGUCACGGAAGGAUGGGAUGAAGAUGAUUUUCAUUCAGUUGAUUCACUGCAUUAUGAAGGUAGAGCUGUCGAUAUAACAACAUCAGAUCGUGAUCGUACGAAAUAUGGAAUGCUUGCUCGUCUUGCAGUUGAGGCGGGUUUUGACUGGGUUUACUAUGAAAGUCGAGCGCACAUCCAUUGCUCUGUGAAAUCAGAUUCCUCACAAGCAUCACACUCGAGUGGCUGUUUCUCACUAGAUAGCAUCGUACAGACUGAAAAAGAUGGUAAAAAACAAAUCAGCGAUCUCAAAAUUGGCGAUCGUGUUCAAAGUGUCAAUAGUAAUGGCGAGACGGUCUUCAGCGAAGUCAUAAUGUUUUUGGAUCGUGAAGUAAAUCAAACACGAGAAUUUGUACAAAUAAAGACAAAUGGCGGUGCAACACUGCGCGUAACACCUGCACAUUUGCUGCUGGUAUGGAAGCCGCAUACACAUGAAACCAAAUAUCUCUUUGCUGAUCAAGUGGAAGAGAAUGAUUUCCUUUUAGUCAAUGUUAAUAAUAAUUUAGAGCCGCAACGUGUGACGGAUGUGAAAGCGGUAUUAUCGAAGGGCUUCAUUGCUCCGUUGACACGGGAAGGAACAGUUGUAGUUAAUUCUGUAGCUGCAUCAUGUUAUGCAUUAGUUGAUAGUCAAUCAUUAGCACAUAUUAGUUUUAUGCCAUUUAGGACAAUGAAAACAAUUAAAAAUUGGUUUAGUAAUGAUAAUGAUGUAAAUAGUAUAAGUAGUAAGCAAAAUGGCAUUCAUUGGUAUGCCAAGGCACUGUAUAAAGUUAAAGACUAUCUCUUGCCUGAUCAUUACCUUUAUUACAAGCGACGAAAGUGAAUCUAUUGAAAAAUAAUAUUCAUAUUUUCUGUAAAUGUAAAUUAUUAAAUUUUUUAUGUCAAUAAUGUAGAAAUAUUCAAGGGAAAAUUGAAACAAAUUCAAUUUUUUUUAUGCUUGUAAAUAUUUUUUUAAUAAUUUAUGAGAGGAAAAUGUUUUGUAUUGUAUGACAGCAAAUAGGAUCAAUGUGUAAAUUGUGCUGAGAAAAUUUGAUUUGAAUUUUAAUAUUAUUUGAGAGGAUUAUUGAGACUAAGGGUACAUAUAGAUUGCCUUAUGCAUCUGAUUGGCAUAUUGUCACGUGUUUAAUACUUAUUGAAUCAUCAAUAACUAAUUUGCUUUAGAAUUCAGUUUCAAAGAUCCUGAUUCUCAGUCAAUAAAGACAUAAAUCUAAAUUUAUUGGCAAUAUGUCUCUUUGA